UAGCGGUUUGACUUGUACUUCAAUGAGGUGCGGCCAGCAAUGCUACAAGAAAACCGAUCCGGCGACGAUGUGGCAGUUGAUUCAUUUUUUGUGUCAAGCAGUGGGAGAUCGAUUUAUAAUCCCUCCAAUGACUUAAAAAGACUACAUGACAAAUACAGUCUCCCUAGUGUGACCUUUGGUGAUGCCCAGAGAGUGUUUGAGGCAGCAGCACAAAACCUGAAGUCAGAAGUGGAGAGAAAUGUGUUGGCACGGCUGUUUGGGCAGCCAGAAACAGCUGAAAGGAACAACAUGAGGAGAACGUCUUCAGAUGCAUUUCUCGCUCUUAGUGUGCUGGAUCAGCUUGCUGGAAAAACACGACAAAGGUCCAGUAGAGCUUCCAGCCAAGAGACAAAGGUGGACGAGGAGACAGCCUACAAAACUCUUGAGCAGUUCUGUCCAGUGACUCUGGAGGGGCCUCCUCCAAAAAGGGCACGCAGGAAUGAGCUGUGUGGCUCAGAACAUGAGAGGCACUGCUAUGACCGCUGGCGUAGUGAGCAGCUCAAGCUGCGUGAACAGCAUGCUCUUGAACAUUUUGCUGGACAGCAGCCAUCAGAGUCCAAAAUAAACCGCUGGAUGGACAAACAAGGGUGGAUGUCAAAUGUCCCACAGGCUUCAGUGGUUCUGAAGCAGUGGAAGCCUGUUGCCAGGUUGGACUCGGUCAUCGACAGCAGCUUUGUGCAUAAAAUGAUUUUGUCUCAACGCUGGAAAGGACUGACUGUCAGACCCGUCCCUGACAAGGGUGAUGGUGUUUUCACCAAAAAACCCUUUCAAAUUGGGGAGGUUGUCUGUGAAUACCACGGCCAGCUGGUUAGCCAUGAAGAUGGGAUGGCAAUUGUUUCGACCAGCGGCAUUAGACCUGGACAUUUGUUUUUUUAUAAGAACAAGCAACAUGAAGCCAUGUGCAUUGACGCACAUGAAGAAAGUUGCCAGUGCCAUCCCAUGAAGUUCAAUUACGGACGCCUGAUAUGUCACUCCAGCAAAAGAGCCAAUAUCCGGCCCAGGCUGUAUGUCCUUAAUGAUAGAGACAUCAUUCUCUUCAUUGCUACAAAAGACAUUUUGAGUGAUGAGGAGUUACUCUAUAAUUAUGGCUCAAAGAGGAGAUCUUUUGCCGGGAAAGGGCUGGAAUUGGACUGGAUGUGAAAGAACAUCUUUCCAUCCCCCAUUCUCACUCACUUCUAACAUGUCAAACUCCAAGUUUCCACCUGUGGCCAUAUUCUCUCCUCUCUCUCUAGACUCUGGACAACCAUCACUGCUCUUCUCACCCUGAAGGAUUCUUCCUGCAAUGUCAAGCACCAACACUUCUCUCUAAAUAGAGACUUGGUUGUAAUAGGCUGAAUGAGUGGGUCUUACAAACCAUUCACCUUUACUUCCAGAGAACUGUAUUUUCUCUUACUGACUUGUCUUUUUUCACUCUUUUUUUCUCAUAAGCUUCCUUUAUGCAGUAGUGAGAGUGUGAGUAAGCUACUCCAUAUUCUCUCCUCUCUCUCUGGAUUCUUUGCAACACAUGUGGAAUUACAGCCUGGUAAGUAUGCUGAAGCUGCUCGUAACCCUCCCUCCCACGAACCCUUAGUUUCAACCACAAGAAAAGCCAUGGACCUCACUGCCAAGAAUUAACCAGGCAUGUUAAUUCUUCA